GUCCUGAGAACCGUCCCUCACAAUUAUAACCUGACGAUGACACGGGUGACCUGGCCUGAUGCACAGAGUUACUGCAGGGUGAUGUACACUGACCUGGCAACAAUCCUAAGUGAUACUGAUUGGCUACUAUUUGAGAAAGAAGCAGCAAGCAAAGGUCUGGCAACAUCUGCCUGGGUCGGAUUGUACAACGAUAUCAAUAUCUGGAGCUGGUCCUUAAACCAUCUCCCACUGACGAGUGUCACUUAUACCAAUUGGGUCCCUGGACAGCCUGAUAAUCGUCUUGGAAAACAAGCGUGUGUUAUAAUAGGUUACUAUAGUGGAGAUAUUGGAUGGCUGGAUAAACAAUGUACAGACCUAUUCCCCUUCAUAUGCUACAAUGCUAAUUUCAGUGGUGCUGCCAGGUUCAUCAGCAUCAGUAGUCCUCUGUUGACCUGGCCUGAAGCUCAAACUUACUGCCGAACACAUCACACAGACUUGGCCAGCUCUCUUAACAGCUCAGACAACGACAUGUUACUGCAGGUGAAGAAUACCCAGGGUGAUUCCUGGAUUGGGCUUUACAGAGACACUUGGAAGUGGUCAGACGGGACCAUCGCUUCAAACAUCCCAUGGGCUCCUGGACAACCUGAUAAUGCUGGGGGUUACGAGGACUGUGCAGUGGUUAAUAACGGACUGUUCUACGAUGAACAAUGCACCAACCUGCAUUAUUUCUUCUGUCACACCAUUUACCCAGCGAGGAGUCAGAUAAUGAGACUGCAGGUGAAGUCUGAUGGGAGUGUGUUUGAUCCUGCUGUGCAGUCGUCCAUUUUAGAUCAGAUCAAACAGAAACUGGAGGAAAAAGGCAUGUUGGAGAACACCACAGUGACCUGGAAGGUGCAGCCAGAUGGAAACAUCUUCCACAAGAAAAAGGAUGAUCUGUAACGUCUAAAUGCUCACCUUCAAGUCAAGCAGAUUUCAAACUGACUGAAAUUUUAUUUAACCUACAACAUUUAAGCUUUAAUCAGUAGGCAGUGUCAGAGGACAAGAUUAGCCAGAAGUAGAGGAAUAAACAUAUUUAAUUGGUCUGAUU